AUGCCGAGCCCACGGCUCCUGGUGCUGUUCGGCAGCCAGACGGGCACGGCCGAGGAUGUGGCGGAGCGGCUGGGCCGCGAGGCCCGGCGUCGGCGUCUCGAUUGCCGGGUGCAAGCCCUGGACUCCUACCCGGUGGUGAAUCUGAUUAACGAGCCUCUGGUGGUGUUUGUUUGUGCAACUACAGGCCAAGGAGACCCCCCUGACAACAUGAAGAGCUUCUGGAGGUUCCUGUUCCGGAAGAACCUGCCGCCCGCCUCCCUCUGCCAGGUGGACUUCGCCGUCGUGGGCCUCGGGGACUCCUCCUACGCCAAGUUCAACUUUGUGGCCAAGAAGCUGCACCGGCGGCUGCUGCAGCUAGGGGGCGCCGCGCUGCUGCCGGUCUGUCUGGGGGACGACCAGCACGAGCUGGGACCCGAUGGCGCCAUCGACCCCUGGCUGCACUCGCUGUGGGAGAAGGUGCUGGGGCUGUACCCCGUGCCCCCUGGCCUCGGCGUGAUCCCCCCUGGAGUCCCCUUGCCUUCCAAGUUCACCCUGCAUUUCCUUCCGGAGGCCUCCGGGCCGUGCCCCUCGGAGCAGCGCGCGGCCCAGGCCGCCCCCCCGAGCCCCCCCUCAGAGCGGCGGCCCUUCCUGGCGCCCAUGGUCACCAACCAGCGGGUCACCGGCCCCUCCCACUUCCAGGACGUGCGUCUCAUCGAGUUCGACAUCGCGGACUCGGGCAUCAGCUUCGUGGCCGGCGACGUGGUGCUGAUCCAGCCCGAGAACACAGCCCCGAACGUCCAGCUCUUCUGCCAGGCGCUGGGCCUGGACCCCGACCGGCACUUCACGCUGCAGCCGCGGGAGCCCGGUGCCGCCUGCCCCGCGCGGCUGCCCCAGCCCUGCUCGGUGCGGCACCUGGUGGCCCGGCGCCUGGACAUCGCCGGCGUGCCGCGGCGCUCCUUCUUCGAGCUGCUGGCCUGCCUGUCGCCCCACGCGCUGGAGCGGGAGAAGCUGCUGGAGUUCAGCUCGGCGGCCGGCCAGGAGGCCCUGCACCAGUACUGCAGCCGGCCCCGCAGGACCGCCCUGGAGGUGCUGUGUGACUUCCCGCACACGGCGGCGGCCAUCCCCCCGGACUACCUGCUGGACCUCAUCCCCCCGAUCCGGCCGCGCACCUUCUCCAUCGCCUCCUCGCUGCUGGCUCACCCCAGGAGGCUGCAGGUGCUGGUGGCCGUGGUGCAGUACCAGACUCGCCUCAAGGAGCCCCGCCGGGGCCUCUGCUCCUCGUGGCUGGCGUCGCUGGACCCUGGGCGAGGCCCGGUCCGGGUGCCCCUGUGGGUGAGGCCCGGGGGCCUGAGCUUCCCCCAGGAGCCCGGCACCCCGGUGAUCAUGGUGGGGCCCGGCACCGGCGUGGCCCCCUUCCGAGCGGCCGUCCAGGAGCGAGUGGCCCGGGGCCAGACAGGGAACUUCCUGUUCUUCGGCUGCCGCUGGCGGGACCAGGACUUCCACUGGGAGGCCGAGUGGCGGGAGCUGGAGGAGAGGGGCUGCCUGACCCUGGUCACGGCCUUCUCCCGGGAGCAGGAGCGGAAGGUGUACGUGCAGCACCGGCUCCGGGAGCGAGGGCCGCUGGUGUGGGAGCUGCUGGACCGCCAAGGCGCCUGCUUCUUCCUGGCGGGCAACGCCAAGGACAUGCCGGCAGCGGUGUCGGAAGCCCUGCUCUCCAUCUUCCGGGAGGAGGGUGGACUCUCGGACUCAGAGGCAGCCGCCUACCUGGCCCGGCUGCAGCGGACCCUGCGCUUCCAGACCGAGACGUGGGCCUGA